ACUAGAAGCGCGUCCAAAUUCCGGGGGUCUGCAAAGUGCUUAAGCUGAUCAAUGAUCUCAUCAACAAUGACCGCAGCAACCACAUUGAUUGAUUGCUUGGCAUCCGAUGUAGUGGAAGCUUGGAGAGGAUGUCCUUGGGAGGAUCAAUUGGGAGGUACGAGAAGUGCUCCUUAGACAGGGAGACAAUAAGACGAGAGAGUUGGCCGAAGCAGUCCAAACUAGAAGUCGGAAUAUUUAUCAGAGCACGUACAUUUAUAGCGUUACCAACAUGUCAUCAUCAUCAUAAUCAGUCUAUAGAGAAAACAGACAACAUAGGAAAGGAGAAAACAAAUGAUUGUGGGUCGAUCUGAUUCAUGCAAGAAGGAAAGGGAGGCGAACGAGAGAUUCAGACGUAUCAUCAAGUCAAAUGCAAGUAUCGGGGAGUUCGAGUCCCA